AUGUACUAUAUCCGUGUCUUGAACCUUCCUGUUGAAGAAAGUCCUGUCGAGAUGAUGCACCUUGGUGGAGACUCUGAAGAUGCUUUGACCUUUCAAGUAAGCCAUUUCAGAUAUGCCGAAUCAGCGCUACCUGAGCCCCUGCACAAUCGAGACCCGGCAGCUUCAGGUCUAUUUACCCCUCUGCAUGAAGCUGAGGGGCAUUAUUACAGCGAGUUCUCGCAAGCGCUUCCCAAAGUUCAAACCCCUCCAUGGAUCUUAUACCACCCCACGCCAUGUAGAGACUGGAUUAUCAAAUUCCACGAACCUGUUCUUCUCCAGUGGGUCUGUGCCAUUGGCUUAUGGCAGGAGUGA